UAAAAGCGCGAGCAGCGGCGCCAUCUGUUUUAUCCAGAGGUGCUCAGAGGUAAAAUGUGUCGACUUCAUUCACAGGCAGUCACCGGAGAUUCACUCAGCUCUGCUUUAAAACCCCUCUCCCCAGUGCCGAUAGCCGGGUCACAGCUCAUCCCUGACAGACGGUUUAGUAAAAAGCGUUCUUCCAUCGGCUGAUUCCUACUACACGGAGCGCCUCGCACAGAGGGCCGGAGGCAACGCCUGACGCCGUCAUCUAGACCGGGAAGCAGGAGCGGGCAUAUCGCCGACGAGAUGUCGAGAUCGAAGAAGAAGAGCAGUAACCGCGCCGUGGGUGGCAAGCAGAAAAACAUCCAGCCAUUCAGUGAUGAUGAUUCCUCUAUUGAAACAAUGAGUCACUGCAGUAGUUUUAGUGAUGUUGCCAACUUUGCAGAGGAUGGAGCUGAAGUUGAUGAAGACACUGCACAGGAGGACUUUGAGUUCAAAUUAAAGGGUCUCAUGGAUCUUACAAUGGAUAAAAGUGCGAAGACGAGACAAGCUGCACUUGAAGGGCUGAGGAAUGGGCUGGCUUCUAAGAUUCUUUAUGACUUUAUACUGGAAAGGAGAAUGACUCUCACAGACAGCAUUGAACGUUGUCUUAAGAAAGGUAAAGGUGAAGAGCAGCGUGCAGCUGCAGCACUAGCCUGCCUUCUGUGCUGUCAGCUUGGCCCUGGAAUUGAAAGUGAGGAAGUCUUCCAAACACUAGCUCCUGUACUAAAAAGCAUUGUUUGUGAUAGGAGUGCAAGUGUGCAAGCUCGUCAGGCUUGUGCAACAUACUUGGGACUCUGCUGCUUCAUUGCUUCAGAUGACAUUGAGGAUUUGUAUGCAACAAUGGAGUGUAUGGAAAAUCUCUUCACCAAACAGUGCCAUGCAGAAGGUGGGGCAGAUUCGUGCUCUGCACUUCACAUCCAGUGUCUUGUAUCAUGGGCUCUACUGCUGACUAUCUGCCAUACUAGUGAAGUGAGGAAGAAAAUUGACAUCUAUCUUCAUAAACUGCCACGACUGCUGUCCUGUGACGAUGUGAACAUGAGAAUUGCAGCUGGGGAAACGCUGGCACUCCUGUUUGAACUGGCAAGAGAAGCUGAUGCUGACUUUUAUUGUGACGAUCUUGAGUUUAUAACUGAAAAGCUGAAAGCUUUGGCUACUGAUUGCAACAAGCAUAGAGCUAAAGUAGAUAGAAGAAAGCAACGUUCUGUUUUCCGUGAUGUCCUUAGAGCUGUUGAGGAUGGAGAGUUCCAGUCUGAAAUGAUUCGGUUUGGGAGAGAACGCAUGCACAUUGACUGCUGGGUGAAGAGACUCACAUAUGGAAUAUUCAAAGAACUGUUUGGCUCGGGGAUGCAGUUUCAUCUCCUUGCAAAUGGAUUUCUGCGCAAUAUUUUUGAGCUUGGUCCCCCUUUGCUUUUGGACACAGCCACCAUUAAAGAAAUGAAGGUUUCUCGUGAUGAAAGGCACAUGAACAACUCUGCUGCAUUCAAAGCUCGAACAAAAGCAAGAAGCAAACUGCGUGACAAGAGAGCAGAUGUUGGAGAGUUCUUCUAAAUAUUCAGGAUAGGAUCCAACCUGGAACUGAAUACAGUUAGAGGAUGAAAUAUUCCUUUGAGUGAGUUACUGCAGGCUGUCCUCAAUAAAAGAGGAAAAUGUAAUUUGUUUCAUACUUGGGAGAGGAACUAAUGCUACAUUGGUUUGUAAUUGUAUUUUCUAUAGUAAGACCACUUGUAUGCUUGCUUAUUCAGUUUACUUGCCUAUAGAACUUUGUUACCCGUAUAACAUUUUUACUACAUUUAUUUGCAACAUAUUAGUUCACUUCAGCUUUGCUUUAUAAAUUGGAUAAGUGUUUGCAGAUAGUGUUUUCAUUGGGUCAAUAGAUUAUUCUUGGGAUUAUGCUAUGACCUGGCAGUUUACAGCAGUUUUACAGUGGAGUUGCCCAGUUGAGUGGCUCUUGGCAUAAGAGUAUGUAUAUAUGUAUUAUAAUGAAUCUGAUUAUAGUGAUAUUUAUGUGUACUGUGACUAUGGAUUAAGUUUGUGUUCCAAUAAAACAUUUUAUUCAA